UCCAAACGACUUCCGACCAAUUCAUCGAAUUGAAUAAUUUUCUCUCUAGUUGAAGAUGGCGCCGAAAUAUUAUUUUUUGUUAGCAAAAACAUAGGAAACCUUUCUUCGCAAACGGCAUUAAUAGGUGGACCUUGUAAACGGCGAAUAUGGGAUGACCGUCGCCUAUAGUUACCGCGCUUAGCUGUUCGUGCUUUUGUUUAGUACCCGCGCUGCUCUAUUGGCUCUGACAAAAAGUCGCUUGCCGUCCAACCGUCGGCUCGAAGCAAACACAUCAUCAAAUCAGGCUCCGAUAAGAGAUUUUCGCUGGCUCCGACAAUCUUUCUCUGUCUCCAACUGAAUAUUCCUGUGUAUGCGGACGAGUGGUAGGGCCACAUUACUGCGACGGUGACUACUACAUGCUGCUGCCACUCGCUGCCACCGCCGCUCCUGCUGCUAGCUGUUGUAGUUUUGAUGUCAGCAUUGUGGGUAGUGGUGGUGCCAAAAAUCCGUGGCGAACUCCUGAGUCGUUUGCAGGCCGAACAACGGUGUGAUAUUGAAUUCUUUGGGCCCAUCGAUACAACCCGGCGGAGCAAUAUGGCUAAACGUCGCGCAGAAAAGCAGUUAAAUGACAGAAACUGGGACGAUGAUGAAUCGGCCGAGGAAGCGGGAGUGUUCGAGCGCGCCUCUGAGGAUGUCCUCGCAAAAAGGACGAUUCGUAGAGCCAAAAGGAACCUGCCACAGUCAGAUGACGCUGCUGCACGUCCAAAUCCUUUCGCCGGCUUCAGCUUCAACCACAACGGGGGUUCCGCCAGUUCCGUGCCAACAGUCGCUGUCAACUCAAAUGGAACAAACUCCAACAGCCGAACAUCCGACGAAUAUCUCUUCAAGGUGGCCCAGCUGAAUCGAGAUAUUCAAAAGUUUAUCGACCGUCUGAUGAAGGAUAGUGGACCGUAUCUAAAUUUGACACCGUGUUUCGACGACUACAUCAAGCAUUUCCAACGUUUAACUACGGAAGAGGAGGAGCGGCAACAGAAGAACAACAAUAAUAACAUCAGCACGACGUAUUCAAUGACGUCCAUUACUGGUGGAUUUGGAACAUCGACAGGUGCUGUCACUACUUCGAAGGCAGCGGCAGAUACCGAACCCAAGAUCACAUUCAGUUUCGGAGCUAAAGCGGCAACGACUCCUUUUACUACGACUGCUCCUAAGGCAUCAACCGACUGCAAUUCGAACGUGGGGCCAAGUGCGGGGUUUAACUUUGGUGUCCCGGCGAAUACAGUCAGUAACAGCCUGAAUAGUAAUAGUAGCAGCAGUGGUGCGAAAGAUGCAAAUUCACCGGUUAAAUUUACGUUUGGAGCUCCCCCGAGCACAUCACAGGCUGCGUCAUCUUCUGCUUCGUCACCAGUUAAAUCUGUAUUUCGCUAUUCAUCUGCUGUCUUUGGCGCCCCAACGUCUUCAACUGCCAGUACAGAGCCACCAGUCACAUUUAAAUUUGGUAGUACGCUCACAGCUGGCUCCGGGGAUAAAACGGCUGAAAAGGCGACAACGUCGAAGCCGGUUUUCGCAUUCAACGCGAAAACCGGCUUCGAGUUUGGAUCAACUAUUUCAGCGUCGAAUUCGGCCAUUCCAGCCACAACAGCAGUUCAAGAUGACAAUGACGACGAAGAGGAAGCUCCGCCUAAGGUUGAGGUUACGCAUGAGGAAGAAGGGUCACUUUACAUGAAAAAGGUGAAGCUGUUCUACAAGAAGCCGGAAUCCGACGAAAAAGGUCAGUAUGCAGACAAGGGUGUUGGAUUCCUUCAUAUCAAGAAGUUGGAUUGCGGAGGCUAUCAGCUGCUCGUACGAGCACAAAGCACAUUAGGAAACGUGCUACUCAACAUUCGUCUAGGGAAGGAUAUGCCAGUGAAACAUGUUGGUAAAAACAACGUCGCGAUUAUGUGUGUGCCAAACCCUCGAUUGGAUCCGAAAGCUAAAGACGAUAAACCCGAUCCGCCGACCAUGUUCUUAAUUCGAGUAAAGACCUUCGAGGAUGCUAUUGAGCUACGUGACAAACUCAUCGAAUAUAAGGAUUCGGUUUAAAAGAAAGAUUUACUGAAUGACGAAUUCAUUGACAGUUCGGAAACUACGAGCGAAAUUGGCCGCCCAUUAAAUUUCUGCUUAUAUGCCGGGGAAAAAUACGUAGUCGAACUUCAUUAGUAAUCAGCAUCAUACAAGGCAAGUUUUAUUGAGGUUGCGAGUACAUAACGACCAUUAUGCGCUUGCAUGUAUGCGAAUGAAUGAGUAUGCUUGACUGACGUAAACGUUUACGGGGAUUAAUGAAGGGCUACAUGAAAUGAAAGUAAGGGUACGGCGUCGAAUGGUAACACUGUAUUCUAAGCGGCUACAGAACGGCCAAGUAAACCUGACGCACUGUGUGCUUCCCAUGAGCUGUAUAUUCUCUAAGUAAUAGUGGUGUUGUAUUGUGUUGAACAGAACGUGGAAAAAAAGAGUUAGUGGUGACGAAUUAAGGAGAAAUUGCUAUUUCGAAAA